AUGUUAAUAUUUAGGCGACAGUUGUUUGGACUUGCUUCAAGAGUUCCCAGAGAGAGAGCAAUUGUGCCACAGGUGACAAGAUGCAUCCAACGACAUCUCAUCAAGCCUCAACCGUCUUUGGUGUUGAAUCAAAUACGGCUAAAUUCUACCAAUACAAACAAAAGCGACCAGCCCCAAUUAAUCAAUCAUCAGACACCAAAUGAACAAGCGAACCCUUCUUCCAAUCCAUCCACAGAAGCCAAAAAGACCCCUCGAUCUACAUUGUUCAAAGAUUUACUCAAGCUAAUAAAAUUGGCCAAGCCUGAGUCGAAAUUGAUUUUUUUUGCGUUAUUAUGUUUAGCAAUAUCGUCAGCAACCACUAUGUCCUUGCCUUUGGUCAUUGGUAAAAUUAUAGACACUGCCAAACCUUUGGACGAGAGAGAAGAUGAUGACGAAGACAAUGCCAACAAGUCUGCUAAUGACAGGCAAUUGAUAUUUGGUUUACCACCAACUCAAUUCUAUACCGCGCUAUCAGUUAUAUUUGUCAUUGGGUCAUGUGCAAACUUUGGUCGAAUAUACUUGCUAAGGACAGUGGGUGAAAAACUUGUUGCAAGAUUGAGGUCACGCUUGUUUUCCAAGAUCUUGGCCCAGGAUGCCUAUUUCUUUGACAUUGGGCCUACAAAACUGGGCAUGAAGACUGGUGAUUUAAUUUCUCGAAUUGCGAGUGAUACCCAAAUUAUAUCCAAAAGUUUAAGUAUGAACAUCAGUGAUGGGAUGAGAAGUAUCAUAAGUGGAGUUGUGGGGUUGUCGAUGAUGUGCUAUGUGUCAUGGAAGUUGACUUUGUGUAUGAGUUUAUUAUUUCCUCCCUUAAUUGCAAUGUCGUUCUUUUAUGGAAGACGAAUCAAGGCUUUGUCAAGGUUGAUCCAGGAGAAUAUCGGAGCAUUGACAAAAGUGACUGAGGAGAAAUUGAAUGGCGUCAGGGUUAUUCAAUCGUUUGCGCAACAACAAUCGGUUGUACACGGGUAUAACAAAGAGAUUAAAAAUAUCUUCAACAGUUCAUUGAGAGAGGGAAAGUUGUCGGGUAUCUAUUUCUCAAUAAAUGGACUUCUCGGGAAUAUAACAAUGAUUGGAUUGCUAGUCGUUGGUACCAAACUUAUAGGUAUGAGUGAACUAACCAUCGGUGACUUAUCAAGCUUCAUGAUGUAUGCCGUUUAUACUGGGUCAUCAGUCUUUGGAUUGGGAAACUUUUAUACUGAAUUGAUGAAAGGAUUGGGAGCUGCUGAAAGGGUCUUUGAGUUGGUGGAGUACAAGCCAUCAAUUUCCAAUAAUCUUGGAAUAAAGCAGCAGCUUAAAGGCGAUAUAAUUAUCAAGGAUGUUGACUUUACUUACCCAUCGAGACCUGACGUGAUAUUCAAAAACUUAAACUUGCAUAUAAGAGAAGGAGAGAAUGUAUGUCUAGUGGGACCGUCAGGCAGUGGAAAAUCCACCGUUAGUCAGUUGUUAUUGCGGUUUUAUGAUCCCAACAGUGGCCGCAUUAGUGUGGGAAAUGAGCCUCCAAUAGAGAUCAAGGACUUGAAUUUGAAUGAUUACCGAAGACAGCUAGGCUAUGUGCAACAAGAGCCAUUACUUUUUAGUGGCACUGUUAGAGACAAUGUAACCUUUGGUAAACAAGAUGCGACAGACGAAGAAGUUGACCAAGCAUUGGAAUUGAGUCACUCGAUAGCAUUUGUCAAAAAUCUACCUGAUGGAUUAGACACCAAGAUAGGCGCCUCUACUUCAACACAGUUGAGUGGUGGUCAGAAACAGAGAAUAUCAUUAGCCAGGACUUUGAUUAAAAAUCCAAAGAUCUUAAUUUUGGAUGAAGCAACUUCUGCUUUGGAUUCCAUCAGUGAGGAACAGGUUAUGAAAAAUUUGUUAGGGUUGAAUAGGGAGAAAGGAGUGACAAUCAUUUCAAUUGCUCAUAGAUUGUCGACAAUCAGGAACAGUGACAGAGUAAUUGUAUUCAAUGAAAACGGUGAGAUUGUUGAGGAUGGUGAUUUUAGCAAGCUACACAGCAAUCGCAACAGCCAUUUCAAUAAAUUGUUGAAAACAAAUACACUCGAGUAA